AAAAGAGUUGCUUUUCAUUCGAAAUAACCAUUCAUUGAAUUAAUCAAGUUCAAAAUAUUUCAUUCUCCUAAUCAGAAACCAGAACCGAAUUCUCAUUGUUAACCAAUCAAAAUGCGUGCCACCAUUAUCUUGACUAUAUGCUUCAUCGGAGUUGUCUUUGCUGAAUCAUUGAGCAAGCGAAGCUCCAUCGACGAUUCCCAGACCAAGCAGGACGCUGAAAAAUCUCUUGGUGAGAUAUCUUCCUUCUUUGAACAAUUCAAACCUAAAUCAAGUGAAUCAACAGAUGUCUUCACUGUUGCUGUCCAAAAUGCUAAAGAAGCUAUUCGGAAGCUCUUGCCAUUCUUUCAACAAAAACCUCAAUCUUAUCAAUCAUCAGAGGCUUUCACUACUGCAAGACACAACUGUGAAAAUACGGUUUGGAAUCUCAUAAGUCUCUCUGGACAAUUUCAACCUCAAUCCUAUGCAUCACCAAAUGCCUUUUAUGCCGCAAAGUUUAAAUUUGACGAUGCUACUUGGAAGCUCUUAAGCAUCUGUGGACAAUUUUAACCUAUGGCUAUAGUUUGAAGAAGACCGGACAUUUACGAAGACGAUGCAAUCCAGUUAAAUGUGCUAUACAAUUUGCAGACAUAAUUGAUACAAAAUCAAUUAUCUGAGAUAACAUAAAGAUUCUGUAUUCACCGUUUCUCUUAUAACAUACCGGGUGAUUGAGAAUGACCCUUCGACGUUUGUCCAUUAAUUACUAAAAAGCGCAUAUAUUUCGAUUGAAAUUAGUUACAAAAUAUCAGACCUGCAUUAGUGCAUAACUGUUCUAAUUGUAUUUGAUCGUUCAAAACUUCGAUCUCUCUCCGCUACAGCGUGCUCACUGCAAAAUGGAAGCUGUCAGAUUCGAUAAACUUCAAAUACCUGCUGUGGAAAAAUUAUUUAAUGUUCAACACUCAAACAUAUUUUUUCUACUACUACAACUAUUCUCCUUAAUCUUAAUGAAAUUUCAUAGCUCAACAUCAACUAGUUCAAAAGUUAUUCCACUCUGAUUCCAUCGAUGAUGGCUCCAUUCAUGAAGCUGAAGACAAUUUUCGCUCUUGUAAAUUACUUUGUUAAAAUUUUUACUUAAGUGUGUUCUAGAUUCGUGGAAACCUUCAAUGUAAAUGAUCUACAUUGUGAUUCAAUGCAAAAAAGGUGCAUCUGCAGACUGUAUGAACGCAAUUUUGGACAAACCGAACUUGAGGGAAAUUUUUUGCUCAAAACGACAAUUACUGCACCAAAAAAACAUUUUGAGAGUCGAAUGCUAGCUUAUAAUUUAUGCCUGGUUAUCAAAUUGUUUCUUUGCAUCUCGAAAAGAACGUUCCGAUCAAGCUUUGCAAAAAAAAUAGGCAAAGAAACAUAUUAAGCAUUCUUGCCAUGUUCAAAUGGCCAUAGGCAGCUUACUACUUCGAUAAUGAUUUAUCAUUGGUGCUGAAGGUGGUCAUUGCGAAAAUGUUUUAGGUGAUUUCUAUUAUGUUGAUUUAAUAUUUUACCAGAUUUGAGUGAAUUUCAACAAAUAUUAAUAAAGUUAUGUGCAAUCAAACGUCGAAGGGUCAUUCACAAUCACCCGGUAUAUUCAAGCUUUCUCUAAAUGAUUAAAUAAACAGAUCCAUAUUAUUUUAAA